AUGCCGUGCCAAGCUGCCGAUGCCACCACACUGAUAAGGGAGCGCUGGACGAGUAUCCGAAGGCGCCGACCAACUCCUGCCAACCUGGUCCUGAGCAGCGACCAGUCGUCCCCAGUCGGGUCUGGCCAUGUCGCCCAGGCAGAGGAAGAAGGUUUCCCGCACCACCCCAACCAUGAAAGCGCCGCUCCCUGCCUGGCAGAGCUGCAGAUGAUGGUGGAGCAUCACCUGUGCAAGCAGGCGCAGGGCGAGGAGGAGGAGGAGGCAGCCGCUGCCAGCCAGGAGCGUGGCCCAGGCCACUGCCACCACGGUGACACCGAGCACAGCCACAGCCCUGGUGGAACCUGCCCGCUGGCCACACACGAGGGUGGCCCUGGCCCCGGAGAGCGGACCCGCGGGGACGGGCAGCAAAGCCUGGCCGAGGAGGGCACCCAUAUAGCACCAAAGGAAGGCGCCGGCAAGGGUGCUGCCAGCAGCCAGUAG